AUGGUUCAGAGAUCUGAGUGCUUGGUCCCGUGUGGCUGGUUAGUGGCUUUCACAAUGUACAUAGUACAAGCGUGUAUUUUUAUGAAAUUUAUGGAGCAGCAUACCAGCACUGCGAGCAAAGUUUACUGGAUCGGCGCAGGAGUCUAUCUCGCAUUCGCCGUGGCGGUUUUGAUUGUCGUAUGCUUAUCUAAAGGCUACGCAGAAACGGACAACCAGGUUUGGUUGGUUUGGGGCUUCUGGUUCAUAUACAUCCUACUCUACAUGAUCUCAGUGGCGAUGAUUUUUGGUAAAGUAGCCCACAAACUGAAGGAGUCCGAAACAUAUGGACCCAACUUCCUUAAAGCGACUUUAAGCAUAGCUCCCGCAUUGCUCGUCCUGGUCUUACAACUGGUUAUCAGCCCAUCUUACCGAAGAGGUGUCUUAAUGCUUUCCGGGUUCGCGGCUUUGGAUCUUUUCGACGGCAUUGAAAUGCUUGAAAUUGUCCUGAUGCAAAACGAAAGGGAACAUUUUGAUCUUGACGAGAAUGUUGAAAAAGUGAUCAUCGCCUGCGCUUGUUUUAGUUUCCUGGUCACUUCGCUGGGUCUCGCUCGGAAUAGAUUCGAUAAAGACACUGACACUGUUAAAGAAAGAGAUGACCCCAAAGCCGUUUGUCUUGGAUUAUUCGAGAUUUUGUUAACCAACGUGCCGUUUUUGGUCCUGAGGAUUUACGUAUGGGCCGACUGUGGUUACGAAGCUUCCAUAUUCAUCGCGAAGAAUAUAGUUUCAUUGGUUGUUGGUUUGGUAGAGUUCUGUAUCGCUUGUAAAUGCUGUACUUGUCAUGGAACUCAUAACAAAGGCUCCGAGGAUGACAGUUGA